CAGCAAUGUCGGAGGCAAAGGACGCUGCAAAGGCGAGGUCGGCCACGGCCACAAGAGCCAUGGCGGAAGAAAGUGAGCAGCCGACGAAGAAGAGCAAGCAGGGCUUCUUCACCGUGUCGGCUGCAGCAUGUCGCAAAGGAGUUCGCGAUGAGAUGCAAGACACACACGUCAUGCUGGAUGACUUUUCCACCGUGCUGAAACAACCCUACCCGACGCAAGUUCGCUUUUACGCUGUGUAUGACGGGCAUGCGGGCAAGAAUGCGUCUGAGUACUGUGCUGAACAUCUGCACCAGCACUUGGCAACAAAGCUCCCCACAGACACUUCAGAAAAGGGUUUUGGCGGCCGCAUGAAACGGUGUCUCAUUGACACAUACACAACAACAGACAAAGAGUUCCUGACAACAGCGGCUGCGCAGUCGCCGGCGUGGAAGGACGGAUGCACCGCCGCCACCGCCGUCAUAUUGGACCAGGUCAUCUACGCUGCAAACGUCGGGGACACACGUAUGGUUGUUGGUCGGUUGGACGAUGCAAACGACACGAUCAAAGGCGUCACCCUCUCCAAGGUCCACAUCGCCACGCUGUACGACGAGCGGCAACGCAUCCAGAAGGCAGGAGGCAAAGUCGUGGAUGGCCGUAUUCAGGGAAUUAUGGAAGUGUCGCGGACGAUUGGCGACGGGCGCUUCAAGACGCUCGGCGUCACGGCACAGCCCCACGUCUCAAAGUGCACCCUCACCCAGAAAGUGCUGACCAGAGAUGGUGGUGGUGGUGGUGGUGUCGUGGCGAGUGUUGUUGCAACCAACCCUCUCCUUUCUUCCUUCCCUUCUCUCUCCCCGCUUCGCUUUCUCCGUCCCGUUCCAUCCUCAACGCUAAAUGUUGCCGUGCUUCGUGUCGCACGCACAACCGUCAUUCGCUCAUCCCCACGUGGUGUUCCAUCAUGUCAUGGUCAGGACGUGUUUUUGCUGCUGGCGUGUGAUGGACUCUGGGACCACCUCUCCAUCGCUGACGCUGUCGCCUUUGUCUGGGACAAAAUCAAACAAGAGAAGGAGGCCGGCUCAUCGCUGGACGUGAACUGUGCGCAGCGCGUUGCAAACCAGCUGGUCAACGAGGCUGUGCACCGCGGCUCCGACGACAACGUGUCUGCCCUCCUCGUCCUCUUCCACAACAUUGCAGCCGCAUAGCGACAAACAGCCUUUGGUUUGGCACGUUGACUGGCGCGCGUUGGCUGGCGCGUUGGCUGGAGCCAUGCUACCAGCACAUUAAACAGCU